GUACGCUGUACAAGGCUUGGCUACUUAGGCGCUAUUUUCAAAAUGGCGCCGUCAAGGAUGGAAAUAAAUUUACAGCGGCUUUUGGUUCGCUGUGAAGCGAUGGCGGGGGAUUAUCAGGAAAAGAAAGAAUGCUUAAACUGGAGACUAGAGAAGUAUGUAUGUGCACUCCAGAACAAUGCUAAUGAGCUUAGUAAAUCAGCAAGCAAACCGAGUCAAGAUGCAAUGAGUGAUUACACCAAAAGGGUAGAGUUUUUGAAGGGUCUUGUGGAAACAGAGAAAGCGAAAUCCACUAGUGAUAAGGCAGUCACUAGCCAUCAUUUAUCCAGAUCGUCUGCCCAUGCUAGCCUAUUAAGCGAUAGACCACCUGCAGAUAGAGUCCAGGAAUUGCAUUUGAAGACAAAGUCAAGACUGGACAAAGAGAUGAGAGAUGAGCUGCUCAGAACUGAAUCAAAAACAGAUGUUGGAGGAGUUAGAAACAGAAGAGCCGGUAACACAGAUAACGAGGGAAAAGAAGAAAGCAUUGAUGCAGUGCUGCAAUAUCAUCAGAACAUGCAGGAAAAAAUAGCAGAGGAGAUGGUACUUAUGGCCCAGAACAUGAAGCACACAUCCAUGAUGGCGCAGAACAUCAUCCACAAAGACAAACAGGUGCUAGAGGCCUCAACCCGCCUCGCAGACUGCAACCUUUCUAAACUAAAACACGAGGCUGACCGGCUGGAGGAGAUUGCCAACAGAAGGUGCUCGUUGUGGAUGUGGAUUGCUCUUUCCCUCGUCAUGGCUGUAUUCAUCAUGACCAUUCUGUUUAUCAAGAUGUUUCCCAAGCGAACUUGACACUAUCUUAUUUAUAUGGAGGGGAUUAUGCCCAAGAAGCGUUUGGGAGCAUGGGUUAGUGUGGCAAGAACGUGGUGUUUGCAGAAUGGUCCUCAAAAAGCAGAAGCCAUCAAGGAGCCGGGGAUAAAAGAAUGCAUCAUGCGGGAGCAGGUACGAGGAUGGGGAAGCAUACAUGGCGAGCCAAAUGGACCCGAUUUCCUAGAAUUAAACAUUCAUUGGAAUAGAUUAGCACAGGCUCAUACAUGGCGAGCUAAAUGUACCCGAUUUCCUAGAAUUAAACAUUCAUUGGAAUUGAUUAGCACAGGCUUAUACUUGGCGAGCCAAAUGUACCCGAUUUCCUAGAAUUAAACAUUCAUUGGAAUUGAUUAGCACAGGCUCAUACAUGGCGAGCUAAAUGUACCCGAUUUCCUAGAAUUAAACAUUCAUUGGAAUUGAUUAGCAGAGGCUCAUACAUCGCGAGCCAAAUGUACCCGAUUUCCUAGAAUUAAACAUUCAUUGGAAUUGAUUAGCACAGGCUCACACAUGGCGAGCCAAAUGUACCCGAUUUCCUAGAAUUAAACAUUCAUUGGACUUGAUUAGCACAGGCUCAUACCUGGCGAGCCAAAUGUACCCGAUUUCCUAGAAUUAACAUUCACUGGAAUUGAUUAGCAGAGGCUCAUACAUGGCGAGCCAAAUGUACCCGAUUUCCUAGAAUGAAACAUUCAUUGGAAUUGAUUAGCACAGGCUCAUACAUGGCGAGCCAAAUGUACCGAUUUCCUAGAAUUAAACAUUCAUUGGAAUUGAUUAGCAGAGGCUCAUACAUGGCGAGCCAAAUGUACCCGAUUUCCUAGAAUUAAACAUUCAUUGGAAUUGAUUAGCACAGGCUCAUACAUGGCGAGCCAAAUGUACCUGAUUUCCUAGAAUUAAACAUUCAUUGGAAUUGAUUAACACAGGCUCAUACAAGAUUCAUUUACUUCUACUGUAACCGACGACUGAUAGUACAUUGAUGAAAGUUGAUGUGAUAUGGACAUGUUUUGAAUGUACAUCCAGCCGGAAAGAGGUCAGCUACAUAGUAAAGAGAAAUGACAUACAUAUAAAUAUACUUCAUUUUAAAAACCCAACUCGUAUUGUUUAAUAAAUAGGCGUAAUUCACA